CUCAAGCCUGGCUCAGUUCAUAGUUUUGAUAAGACUUCAUAUUCAUGGUCUCGUACCUUUAUCAGCUCUGAAAAUCUUUAAUUUUUAUUUAAUCAUAUCUCAUCAGCAUUUCCGAUGUAAAACCGAGCCGAACUGUUAUCGUCGAGGCCAUUGUUUCAAGUUCAUGGAUUCCAAAGACACAUAUUUACAUUAAGUUAGUAUGGCUGUUGGAUCUUCAGCUAAAUUUCUUGUGCUCAGCAAAUGCGUCGAUUCUCCCGGUUUCCGUGCUUUAUUUUGUAAGCAUAUUUUCAGUUGUGGCUAUCAUCAUAGCAGCAAAUCCCUAAAUCAGCAAGCAAGUCUACCUAAUGUUAUCAAGAGAUCCUACACUUCCGAUCCAGUUGUCUCUCACUCUCGUCUUACUCCCCAAGAGGUGACUGAUAUUCUACGAGAGAAGGAAUUUAGUUUGGAUCUAGAAACUGAAGGCUCUGUUCUAGGAUAUGACUCCAACCAGCUUGCUUCUAACAAUCCAAUCGAAGACUUUCGGGCAGAAGCUAAGUGCGUGCUGACAACAGGUAUGCUAUUCGGCGUCUUCGAUGGUCAUGGAGGAGCUCUUUGUGCACAAGUUUUAUCGAAGCGACUUUUCGAAUAUAUAAGUGCCAGUCUACUCCCUCCUGACCUCCUGUUGAAAUACUUACGAUCUCCUGGUGAAAAUCAACUCCUCAAAACAUUUAAUGAUAGCAUCGAUUUUGUUCAAGACCUUAAACUCCUUUAUGCACAACACUUCAAGGAGUACCUAGAUGAACUAUCUGUAAGUCAAAACCGUGACUUUCAAAUGAAGGAUGCCUUGGAGAAAGCCUUUUUGAGUCUGGAUGCAGAUCUGUCAAGAGAAGCUCAGCUGAUAGAUGAUGAAAAUGUGAACAUGAAGACGCUCAGUGUAGGUCUCUCAGGAGCGGUUUCUUGCGUUGCUCAUAUUGAUGGCCCCCAUCUGCAUGUAGCUAGUGUUGGAGAUUGUCAAGCCAUUCUUGGUGUUCGCAAUGAUGACAACAUCUGGACGGCCAAAAAAUUGAGUAUUGAUCAUAAUUCAGAUAAUGCUCAAGAAGUUCAGCGUGUACUAAGUGAGCAUCCACAGACAGAGCACAACUCAGUCAUUCGAAGAGAAAGGCUUCUUGGUCAAUUGGCCCCUUUGCGCGCUUUUGGUGACUUCAGGUACAAGUGGGACAAGAAGGUACUCGAAGAUUUAGUUGUACCCAUCCUCGGUGAUCAAGCAGUCCCUCACGGAUACUUCACCCCACCUUAUCUGACUGCCAGACCUGAUAUCACUCACCAUGUUCUCACCCCUCGGGACAAAUUUCUAGUCAUUGCAACAGAUGGACUCUGGGAUGAAAUCUCACCACUCCAAGUAGUUCGCCUAGUCGGAGAACAUAUGAGUGGGAAAGUCAUUUUAAAUCCCUUGCAGCUGCCCCGUAAGUCGAUGACAUUGAAUGAAAUAAAUGAUCUUUUGCUUCAGCGACAAGAAGGCCUGAAAAUGAAACCAAUAGACUCGAAUGCAGCAACACAUCUCAUCCGAAAUGCACUAGGCGGUUCUGAAUAUGGUAUAGAGCACAGUAAAAUUGCGCAUAUACUCUCGCUACCUCAAGAGGUGGUGCGAUUAUUCAGGGAUGAUAUUACAGUAACUGUUGUGUAUUUUAACACGGAUUACCUGCGACAUACCCACCACUAACCGAAUACUUGAUUUUUUGUAUCCUUUGGCUAUCUUCAUAGGAAAGUUUAACGCCUUUAAAAGAAAAUUUGACAGAGAAGCUCUCAUAAUUUCUACACCGUAGAAAGAAAAAAAAAUGGAAAAUGUAUUUUUCAUCUACUCUCGAAACUAUUCUCUCUAAAAAUUUCUCUAAACUUACUUUAUUGCCUCGAAAAUCUCAAUUAAGAACUAGAUAAAUUAUUCAUCAGAAUAGAAUGGAUAGAUAUAGUUCAAUCUAACAAUCCAUCUUGUCAUUGACUAUUUUUACAUGAAUCUCAAAAAGUAUCCAAAAAACAAAAUCUGAGGGAAACUGUUGAACAAUUUUUGGUUAACCUUGUGGAAAUGCUCAUACCAGUGAGAAAUAAACAUUUGGGACCCCUGUAAAAUCUAAUUUAGGGGCUGUAAUUUUGUCCAGGACUCUAAGUUAGUAUUUAAGCUUUGAAAGAGAUGAAGUCUCCAGGAGCAGCAUUUUUGGAAUUUGAUACUUUUUUCCUCUUAAAUAGUACCCAUUGAAUGAAACCGUAUUUGAAGUUUUCACUCAACGUUGGAUUGAUCUUUACCAUGAUCGCAUUGAGAUACUUGGAGAAGCGCAAAUUUACCUUGACCACCCAGUCAUAUAGUCUAAAUGUUUCGUCUAAAUUGCUGAAAGGUCUUUUGAAGACGGAGAGAGAGUCUUUUUUUAAUGCUGAAAAAUUAAAAACGCUCAAGACUGUUUUUAAAACUCAAAAAUUCAAAAUAAUGCUUUAACUACUUGUCCUAAAAAAUUCCUCUUUGAUCGGGAGCCAAAAGUGCAAAUUUUUUGUGUAAUAUUCAGCAAGUCAUUCUCACUAUUCUCCUCAAGAAAAUAAAAUGUCAUGGAUCCCUCAUUUCUUCAUUGAUUGCCGUUUAUUGUAGAGAGCAGCCUCUCCCAAUCAGAUAUUAGAUAAUUUAAACUUUUCCUAUGAUUAUAGCAAUUGACUGAAAAUGUAGCUUCAAAGCAGGUGAAUUAGUGAUUUUAAUAUUUUAGCUAAUUUUUAAGCACAAAAUAUUGUUACAUUUUGUUCCUUGUUUAUCUCUAUGUUGGUCCCCAUCCAGUAUACAUUGUUUUGUAUUUUUAAAAACUGAAUGGGUUUCUCAUAUUGUCUCUUUUUUCCGAUUGAUCUUAUCAGGAAACGGAAAAUGAUUUUUAAAAAAAUAAUGGUUUUUGAAAAAAAAAAGCAGUAUCUCAAUAUUCUUUUCAUUUAAAACAAUUUAAAAGAAUUAAAUUAAGUUUUGAGAAAACCAAAGAAGUAGGGGCAGAGCUCAAAUCAGCCUGGCCUUAUCUCUAGUUCUGCAUCUGUGUGUCUCUGCCCAAUUUUUCAUAGUGUGAAGGUUUCCUCACUAAAAUAUUAUGGAACCAUCAUUACAAAUUAUAGGAACAGCUUUUACCGAAAAUCAACGUUUUUCAUCUGUUUCUAUAUUUAUUUCUAAGGGUGGAAUUGUAAAUUCUUGCCUUAGAUAAAAAUGUUACCUCAAGUAGAAAUAGAUGUUGUCUAGGUUCUUAUUGUCUACCGUAUGUAUUUGUUUGUAAAGCAAAUUUUCUGAACGAUUUUUUUAAUAUCUGAUUAUUACCAGUAGAUUUUGCAUCAUGGAAACAAGCUCGCUGAGUUGUGAGGAAGAAAGUAACAAAUUUUUUUUUAGUUUUAUUCCCAGAAGAAAUGAUCGCAUUAAGCACUGAAUUUUAUCUGGAGCUGUUACAAAGUAUUUGUAAAGAAUCUUGUACUGAAUAAAUUUGUCCAGUACUUUUGGGAGAAAGGGAAUGAAUAUGAAUUGCCCCAUAAAAUGACACUUAGCUCACCACUGAAUUAAUUUAUUUUCUAGUGUUUAAACCUCAUGUUCGCUCAUUUAAAAGUGAAGUCCACUUAGAACUUAAAAUAACUCUGAUUUUUUCACUUCAGGAAGUUAACACAAUUUAGUUCCAGCAUUGAAUAACUGCUUAGCUAGGACAGAUUUGCUCCUGCAAGGGCAAAUUUUGAUCAAAUUAGUUCAGGAAACCGAUGUUGUCAAUUCAACGAGCAAGUUUUUGCUCACUAUCAGUUGGAAUUGGUUUAGGGAAUUUAGCAUCUGUAAACAAAGUAAUAAUUGGUGAACAAUUGGAUAUCCCCAAUUUUCCUAUUUGAAAUUUAAACUCAGGAAGAAUGUUGAUCAGAUUGAAGGUAUAAAUUUUUUUUUUUUUUUUUCCAACAACCUUUUGUGCAACCUAUUAUCAAAAACCUUUUUGCCAAUUUUGGAUUUAUUCACAUGUACCAUGUUCUUAAUUCUAUUCUCGUAUUGAUAAUUUAUUGUAAACUAUGCUAGGUCAUUGUUCUAGUCUAUAUGAAAAUCCCUGUGGCCAAGGAAAAAUAUUAGUGUAUUUUUAGAAGAAAGCGCACAUAGAUGGAAUAUAGAAGGUGUUAGGCAGCCCAUUUCAAAUUUAGUUUUGGCUUAGAAAUACUCUGUUCUCUGUGCCACCACCCUCUGUGUUUUCUCCAUGGAGCUAAGAGCUUUAUAAUGAGCAUUAAUUACAGGUCGUAGAUCAUGAAUAUGCAUGCUACUUUAAUUCUUGUGAAUGAAUAGAUUUCUAUGUGCUUUCUAUUGUUACAAAAUUGAACCAAACUGCUUGCAACUUAUUAUUCGAAGCAUCAUAGAGGGUUUAUUAUUCAAAUCUUGAAAUCAGAUUUCCUGACCCACUCAACUAAAAUCGCUCAGAAGAAAAUUUUGCUUCCACGGACAAUGGCCGUUUCUCUGUGGCCAAUCACACGUACGUGAAGCCCCUAUUAUUCAAGCAGCUUGUUUAGCCAAUCACAAUGUAUGAGCAGGGCUCUAAAAAUGAUAAAUUGAGGAUUCUUGGUCUUUUGAAAAUUGCUCCUUUUCUCAAAGUGUUGACUCCUUUUUCCUGAACGGUUGCUUAAUCAUUUGCUUCAGUCCCACAUACUUGAGGUAAGCUAGGAGGUUAAGGUUUAUAGUGGGUUACACAGCUUUCUUUGAUCCUAACAAUUAUUUUGCUCUUACUCUCUUUCUCAAAAAAAAGGAGAGUUCACCUCUCUAGAGCCCACAUGGCAAGUUAUUUUAUCAUGAACUGAUCACUGAGUAAAGAGUGAAACAACUGAAUCACUGAAGAGAAAAAGUGUACUCGUAGAUACAAAUCGUAACUUUGUAAUCAUUCAAUGACUCCUAGAGAAGAUAGACUUUUGUUACCAGUGAUCUUCUUCAAUGUUUUAAAUAGGGGAGGAAGUUUUGAGUUUACUUUUUUCAUGUAGGUAUAUGUUCGGUAAAAACGGAUAAAAAUCCUACCACAAGGAAUAGAAUUUAUUUAUGUCUCAAGCUAGUAUGUACCAGAAUCCUCUACUUAAUGAAUUUGUUAGCUGUAUGGUUUUCAAAAAACCUUAAAAUUUGGUCAAAACUCAUGAUUUUCCUUCCAAAGGGUUUACUUUUUUUUUGUAACAAUGGGUCAGUUGACAAGGUGCAAAUUCAAGCAUAAUGAUGUAUGUUUUUUUAUCAAAAUCUCACUUCGAACAAGAUUUGUGUAAUGAAAAUUAUUAAAAACAACUCCUAAUCAAGAUUUUAGCAUUUUUCAGAUCGUAGAUUUUAACUUCCCUCUCAUAAAAGAACUGUAAUCUUCGUGAGCUAUAUCACACACUAGUUGUAUCAGUCUGACAGUAUGAUAUGAAAGCAUGGCAACCUCAAUCUUCAGGCUUUGGCUCAGCUGUUCCACGUUUUUCUGUGUAAAAUUUUGGAGAGGUCACGUGUAUGUGAAUGCUUAAACUCGUGCCUUGUCUUGUGGUCCACUAGAAUAAAUCAAAGAAUUGUUUCUACUUUUUUUUUUUAAAUUGCCAUAAAACGACGGAAAUAUAUCUCGUUGAGGGGGGGUUAACAAGUACAUAUUGUGAAAUAAAAUCUUACAGCGCAGCCCUUGACAACAUAACAUAGUAAAAACACUUCUUCUUUUUGUCCUUAUCUAAUUUUCAAAUAUUGAUGAGGGUGGCAAUUGAUUCCAAGGUAAAAAAGUUCAUGUAAAGAAUAUCACCUGGCUCAAUGUAAUCUGCUUCCUACGUCAGCGGGGUGCGUCUUCACCAAAUGAUUGUCUAUUGUCAAUUGUUAUAAAUUUCAACCAUGUUAAAAAUUGUAGCUUUAUGUUCUCGCACUUCAAGAUUUCUUAUGUUCUCAGCAACAGUUUUUUGCUAAAUUUAAUGGGCAUGCAGUUUCAAUCUGUGUUCAAGCCUCUUAAUUUUUUUUUGCAUUUAAGGUGUGCUAUUUUACAAGUCACUUGGAACUCUGCUCACAGACCACUGCUGAAAGAUGAUCAAAUUAGUAUUAGUAAAUAGUUUCAACCUAGUGAUCGAACAUUCAGCUCUGAUAACCAUCUAGACUUCUAGGUUGGAUGAUUAAAACAAGAAAAUCUCCGGUAACUUACUGUCUUUUUUCUUCAUAAGACUUAUAUCGAUGGCCUAAGUGCUAAACGACGUACUUUCCUUGCGAUGUACUUUCCUUGCGACGUUUUAAAUUUGUGCUGUAAUUUUAUUUUUUCAAGGAGGUAAGAGCCAAAUUUAUUGCUUGAAAUUCAUAUAAAAUUUCCAGCUAACAGAGAAGAAAAAUCAAAGAAUUUUUUAAAAAAUUACGUUGUCUAGUUUUCCAAAGAAAAAAUCAAGUAUUGCAGGAAGUCUGCAAUGUUUUAAACAGGCAUACCUACUUGAAGUCUCACUUUGGCCAUCGAUAUGGAGAUAAAAUUCAGGGACAGAGUUGAUGUACCGAUUAGCGGCUGCUAAAAUAUGCAUAAGAAUUUUUUUUUUAAAUCUUAUUUUAUAAAGCCUGUAUGUACUUAGUAACUACCUUGAAAGUGAGUCUAUUGAAAUAGUUUAAUCGCCUUAUCAGUCAUCAGGUAUUUUUUCAAAGUGACAAAUGGAUUCAACUGAUGUAUAACAUUUACAUGGCAUCAGAGAUUGGCCCUGUUAACCUGCCUUUCCUCUGAGAUUCCUCCACUUAUUUGUUGUUUCAUUCUCUUAAGUUUUUUUCCUUCGUGUUUUCCCUUUGUAAAGAAGAAUUUGUUUGAUCAAUUUAUUACAUUAAAAAUUUGAAAUUGA